AUGACCACAGACAACUUUGACCACAGCUUUUCCGGCGUCAUGAGGACGCUCAACCUUGACCCAGACAAGUUCCAGAACUACAACGGUGACUUCAGUUCCUUGAAUUAUCGUCAACUUGCCACUGUGAAAUCAGACAUCGAAAACCAGCUUUCGUUGUUGUUUGACAUGUUGACAAAUAACUUUGCCGCAGACAUGUCUACGCCAUUGGUGACCGAGGACGGGUUUCCUCGUAAUGACAUUGACGUCGUCAGUAUACGGUUGGUUCGUGUUCGAAUCGUCAUGUUGAAAAACGACUUGAAAUCGGUGUUGGAGUUGUUGGAAAAAAAGUUGCAACAACAAUUUUCGAACCAAGAACGACAGCCAGCUCCAGUUACGGCAGCACCGAAUGUAGAACAGUUGGUGCCGUUUGCGUUGGUGACGGAGAUUGCCGACGAAAGUCCAGCGGAAAAAGCUGGGCUACAAUUGCAAGAUAAAAUUGUCUACUUUGAUGAUAUAUAUGCUGCAAAUCAUAACAGAUUACAGGCAAUUGCCGGACGCUUGAAACAGCGCCAGGACCAAAAAGUACGGGUCCUUGUUCUUCGUGAUGGAAAAAAGGUUCAUUUGGAACUUGUUCCGUCUGAUAAUUGGCUGGGUAAUGGACUCUUGGGCUGUCGUUUGGUGCCGUUGUAA